AAUUUCCAGUCCUGCGAUCCUCCAGUUCACCGCGUUUGAAUGCGCCCGCUGCUUUUGAACGUAUGUUCACACUCGCCUAGGCCUUGCGGCUCCCCAUACCAAUCUACGCUGUUCUCGAAGUUGAACCCACUGUGAAGCUGGUGACUUGGUUUCGCGUAUUGUUUCAACUCCGUUUUCUCCAGGUCCUGCGGCCACCUGGUCAUUCUUCCCCGCAAUCACCGCAAAGAGAAAAGUAUCGCAACCUCAAUUUACUCCUUCUCUUUGCCCUAUUCUUUUCUUUCCAAUCGCCUUUUGGAAUAGGUGAUCAUACCUAGGUCUUCAAAAUGUCGUUGGCUAUUCCUCCUGGUACGGAUCUUUCCAAGGUCCCAAUUGCUCCAAAUCCCAGCGGUGCACCGCCAAACUUUGUGGACCCACCAUCACUGGCAGCAGUCACUUAUGGUAUAACUAGCACUAUGAUGGUGCUCGCAUGUGGCCUUGUGGGUCUGAGAAUCUUAUCUGUUAUCAAAAAAGAACGGGGGCUGAAGACUGAUGACUACUGUUGUAUCUUAGCAUUGAUUCUGUCUUCCGGUUAUGGAAUUCUUAUCAUGUUAUCGAACAAAACGGCACGCCAUGCAUGGGACACGCCAAUUUCCCUGCUCAACGACGUAUGGUUUAAACGGAAUGCUGCGCUCAGCAUAAUAUACGGCCCAGCCAUGUUUUUCGCCAAAGCAGCCAUCUGCACGCUGUAUUUGCGUAUUUUCAACACCAUGGCUUGGAUGCGCUACACAGCCUGGGGCACCAUCGUCAUCCUGGCCUGCAUUUACGGAUCCAUGGUGCCUGUCUACUUGGUCUACAGCAUUCCGUACGGCAACGAAAAAUGGGAUCUUACUUUGGCAGCGAAGAUCGGUAAAGCUGAUAAGAUGGCGAUUGGCAUAGGUGCCGUCAAUGUGGCUUUCGAUAUCUUCCUCCUGAUUUUGCCGGUCCCGAUCAUUAUGAAGCUGAACCUUUCGUUCCGCAAGAGGAUUGGUCUAUCUGCCGUUUUCAUGACGGGCAUUGUAGCGACAGUGUCUACGGUUCUUGGUCUCUACUUCCGUAUAUCAGUGUACCGCUCCAAGCGCAGCCCAACCAGUGGCGACGCUACCUGGGUUGCAGCAGCAACAUACAUCACCGUUCUGGUCGAGCUUUAUGUCACUGUCAUGGUUAGUUGCGUCCCUGGCUGUGUAUCGUCGUGGCGUAACAUUCUCCGCGAGACAACUGUCAUCACCACACUUCGCUCCCUCAUCAACUCAUCGCGGGCCUCGUUAUCCCGCUCCCGAAACUCCUCACGGGACGGUAGGACGAAAACUCCUUCGGUUCGGUCAGAUGAGGCCGGUCUUGCCCCGAAACACGAGUUUGAGCUUCAAGAGAGGAAGGACAAAGAGGUUGGUAUUACUAAGACGAUUAAAAUCCAGCAGACCGAAGUAUAGUUGUAGAGGAGUAGAAGGCUGCUGGGUAGUGGUCCGAUACGACAAAAGGCAUCGCGCUGAGAUGAAGAAGAAGUUAUAAGGACGAAGAAGAAGCGUUGAAUAUCUUUUUUUAAUUUUCAACUGUAACAGUGUCCUCCCGAGACAAGCGCUGGUAAUCUUCUUGUAUAAGUGCUCAUCGUCGCGGUACCCAAUCGGACCGGCAGGUGCAAGCAUAGGCAAAUGCAU